AUGUCUGCAAUGUCUAGUGCCGUCAGGAUGGCCGCGAAUAUGUCCAUGAAGGCAUGCGUCGUUCGCUCCAACACUAUCAGAAAUUCCAACAAGUUUAGUUUGGCGAGACCGACGACGACGACGACGACGAGAACGCUCGCCACCACGGUAUCGGCUGCGGAAGCUGAAGCUUCGAGCGAAGCCGCCACGACCACGGAUGAAGCGAAGCCGAAGCGCCGCUUUCCGAAGAAGACCGUCACGGUGCAUGAAUCAGACCUCGAAGUUGGUAAGGAAUUUACCGGCAAAGUUAAAUCAACGACGGUGUAUGGUGCGUUUGUGGACUUCGGCGCCAAGAACGACGGUUUGGUGCACAUCUCUGAGUUGCAGUCUGGCUUUGUCGAGAACGUCGGCGAUGUCGUUGCCGUUGACCAAGAGGUCAAGAUUUGGAUUAAAUCCAUUGAAAAAGGACGCAUCUCUUUGACGAUGAAGCAGCCGCCGACGGAAGCGGAAGUUGCGCAGCAAGCUGCGGACCAACAGGCAAAGUUUGAGGCGAGACAAGCGUUCAAGUUGCAAAAGGAGAAACAGUCUGAAAUCGCGGGUAACUUGAAGAAGGGUGCGGUUUUGGAAGGCUGCGAAGUGAAAUCGAUCCAAAACUACGGUAUUUUUGUUGAAAUUGCGGAAGGUGUGGAAGGUUUGGUUCACAUCUCGGAGUUAUCCGAUGACUUUGGGGUCGAGGCGAAGGAUAUCGCCAACGUCGGCGAUAAGGUCACCGUUCGCGUCUUAGGCGUCGACGGCAGCAAAGUGAAAUUAUCCAUGAAGGAGAAGCUCGACUUGGACGAAAUGGCUUCGGAUAUGAACGUUGAAGUUGAAUCGUCGGCGUCGGCGAUUCAGUUUGCGUUCAAAUCUAUCGGAUUAUCGGCGGACAACUUCCCGCAAGCAAAGAAGUCUGGAUCGGCAUCGGCGAGCAUGUCUACGUCUGCCGCACCGACUGAGGAACCUGCGGCCGCCGCCCCAGCUGCUAAAGAGGAACCCGCACCAGCCGCCGCUGCUGCCGCUCCAGUCGCCGAACCGGCCGCACCAGCUGCUGCCGCUCCAGUUGCCGAACCGGCCGCACCAGCUGCUGCUCCGGCUGCUGAUGGUGCCGCCAUCUCCGCGGCUACGGUUAAAGAGCUCCGACAAAUGUCCGGUGCAGGUAUGAUGGAUUGCAAGAAAGCUUUGAUUGAAAACAACGGUGACGUCCAAAAAGCGCAAGAGUGGUUGCGCGUCAAGGGCAUGGCCUCUGCGGACAAGAAGCAAGGCCGCAUCGCCGCCGAAGGUGUUGUUAUUGACUACAUCCACGCCGGCUCUAGAAUUGGUGUCUUGGUAGAAGUCAACUGCGAAACCGACUUUGUCGCCAGAGGCGAUAAAUUUAAAGAACUCGCGAAGGAUGUCGCGAUGCAAAUCGCCGCGUGCCCGGAAGUUGAAUACAUCUCCGCCGACGACUGCGAUCCGGCGAUGAUUGCCCGAGAGAAGGAAAUCGAAAUGAAGAAGGAAGAUCUCCAAUCCAAGCCGGAGAACAUCAGAGAGAAGAUUGUCCAAGGCCGCAUCGACAAAAUGGUCAACGAAAAGGCGCUCUUGCCGAAGGAUUACAUCAAGGACACGUCCAAGACGGUUGAAGAAUUGAUCAAAGAAGCCACCGCGGAAUUGGGCGAGAAGAUCUCCAUCCGUCGCUUCGAAAGAUUUAACUUGGGUGAAGGUAUCGAGAAGAAGGAAUCUAACUUUGCGGCUGAGAUUGCCGAGGCGACUGCCGUCAAGGCUGAAGCGCCGAAGCCAGCUGAGCCGAAGAAAGAAGAGCCGAAGGACGACGCUCCGGUUGAGAUGGUUGCCGUCUCCGCGGCUGCCGUCAAGGAGCUCAGACAAAUGUCCGGUGCCGGUAUGAUGGAUUGCAAGAAAGCUCUCGGCCUGAACGGUGGUGAUGUUCAGAAGGCGCAAGAGUGGUUGCGCGUCAAGGGCAUGGCCUCUGCGGACAAGAAGCAAGGCCGCAUCGCCGCCGAAGGCGGUGUUUUCUCGUACAUUCACGCUGGUUCCAAGAUCGGUGUUUUGGUUGAAGUCAACUGCGAAACCGACUUUGUCGCCAGAGGCGAUAAAUUCAAGGAUCUCGCGAAGGAUGUCGCGAUGCAAGUCGCCGCGUGCCCGGAAGUUGAAUACAUCUCCGCCGACGACUGCGAUCCGGCGAUGAUUGCCCGAGAGAAGGAAAUCGAAAUGAAGAAGGAAGAUCUCCAAUCCAAGCCGGAGAACAUCAGAGAGAAGAUUGUCCAAGGCCGCAUCGACAAAAUGGUCAACGAAAAGGCGCUCUUGCCGAAGGAUUACAUCAAGGACACGUCCAAGACGGUUGAAGAAUUGAUCAAAGAAGCCACCGCGGAAUUGGGCGAGAAGAUCUCCAUCCGUCGCUUCGAAAGAUUUAACUUGGGUGAAGGUAUCGAGAAGAAGGAAUCUAACUUCGCGGCUGAGAUUGCCGCCGCGACUGGCCAAGCUUAA